AUGCAAUCACGCUUACUGCAAGCUUUUUCAGCCGUUGCUAUUGCCCUGGCGGUAUUGACAGAUUGCGUCGAAAACGCUUUCGUACCUGGCGCUCCAUUCUGGAGUCCCAAGCAAAACCCAUAUCCAACGGUGAAGCAAGUACCAUUCACACGUACCUACCGUUCUGCAAAUGCUAAAGGCAAUGUUACCUUCAAUGAUCCUUACACUUAUCUGGAAGCAACAGGAAGUGCAGAUGUGCAAAAGUUUAUCAACGAUCAAUCCAAACUUACAGAAGGAUAUAUGGCAAAAUGCAAGAAUCGUCAAGCUAUCGAACAAUCUAUCAAGAAUGGCUUUGAUUAUGACAAUUACAAUUAUUUUGAUUUGAUUGCAAAUGCUGCAAAACCAUUUUAUACCUACACUCUCAAAAGAGUUAAUGAUGAUCGUCCGAUUUGGUAUAUUGCUACACUUGAAGAAAUUGAAGUUGCAAAAAAGAACAACUUCGCCACUCCACCAGGCAAACAAUUCUUGAACGAAGUCUUCUUAAGUCCAAACAAUACUGCCAACAUCAUCAAUUGGCAAACAUCACCCGACGGCAAGUACUUUGCUUAUUUGGUAUCUGAUUCCGGUUCGCAAGUUUCAACUUGGUUCAUUCGUACGUUCGACAAGACUUUGUUGAAAGGCGGUUCAAGCACACCUUUGGGAGGUGGUGACACUCUUCCGGAUGUUAUUCCAAACGCUGACGGAACCAUUUUCUGGACAGACGAUAGCAAGGGAUUCUUUUACACUGGUACUUUGCCAAGUGAUGCAGGUGAAAGCACCAAUUUUGGCUCUUCCGUUCGUUACCAUGUAUUGGGCACUGCAUAUGAGAAAGAUAUCACGAUUGCCAAAGCGGAAAAGCCAAUGGCCGAUGGUUCAAACAACCUUUGGAACUUCUUCAUUAGUAGUGAUAGCAAGUGGCUCGUAUUAAAUGGUGCCAAUGGUUCAUUGAACAAAGCAAGGAUGUAUGCAACUCGUUUAGAUGGUCAAACAGUUUCAGGAAACAUGAAGUGGAUCUCCAUCGCACCUGGUUAUGAUUAUAUUAUCAACCCUUUGAACGUCAUCGACGAUACUUUGUACGUUCAAACUUAUGAAGGUGCUUUGGAUGGUAGGAUCGCAAAGACCAAGCUCGAUUGGAGCAAAGCAAAGACAGUAACCGACUUUACUCAAUUGAAGGACAAAUUGGCAUUAACAACCGUGGUACCGGAAGUGAAGAAGGCGCAACUUACAUUGGCCUCUGCAUUCAAUUCGGACAAGUUGGUCAUCAUCUAUACCAUGGACGGUACUUAUGUCACCAAAGUGUUUGAAUUGAAGACGGGCAAGCUCAUUCGUCAAGUAGUGCCAGACGAACAUCCAGGUGCUAUUUCCAUCAUGAUUCCAGCCAGCAAAGGCAAAUCGUUCAAGUUGAUCCUUAACACAUUGAGUUGCCCAAACAAAGUGUACGAUAUCACCUUGGACGGUAACAAGUACACUGAAACGAACUGGUUGACCAAGAGCAUCAAAGGAACAAAUGCAAACGAUUUCGUGACCGAAACAGCAUUUGCUACAAGCAAGGAUGGAACGAAGGUGCCUUACAUCGUCGUCUCUAAGAAAGGUACACCGAAAGACGGACAAAGCGCUGCUUGGAUGCACGUUUUUGGAGCAUACGGUGUCACGCAAAACAACUACUACGACCCAGUCCUUUUCUCAUGGUUGAACAGCUAUGGUGGCUUCUUCAUCUUUGCAUCUGUAAGAGGUGGUGGUGACUGUGGUGAAGAAUGGCACAUUGCCGGUCAAAAGCAUAACAAACAAAAGACAUUCGAAGAUACGAUUGCCGUUGCAAAUGAUUUGGUCAAACAAAAGUAUGCUGCACCUGGUAAGGUCAUUGCCGAUGGUGGUGCUGCAGGUGCAAUCGCCAUCGCUGCCGCUGCAAAUCAAUCCCCUUCGAGCUUUGGAGUUUUAUUGGGUGUUCGACCUGUCCUUGAUUACUUUUUGCGUAAACGUACUCGUGGUGGCGCUGAACAAAUUGAUGAAUUUGGUGAUGUAGACAACCCAGUCGAUUUUGAUUACGUUAGAGCAUGGUCACCUUUGCAAAACAUUCCAACAAAAGGAGAUUAUCCUGCCGUAUUGAUGACCCCAGGUGAAGGUGAUGAUCAAGUAGUCCCUGCUCACUCCUACAAGUUCUUAGCGCAAGCUCAACAUGAUCAUCCCAACAAUCCUUUGCCUUUGCUUCAAUAUGUCGUACCAGGUGCUGGUUUGGACAAUUUCGGUUCCAGCACUCAAAGUACUAUGAUCGAAGGUGGUCAUCAAAUUUGUGUUGCUGAGUUGGCCUUGGGUUUGCAACGCAAGAAGUAGUUCUUCACCUCUCUUUCUGACGUACUCCUCUUACACUCUUUCACAUAAUACUCAUUUUACCUUUACGAACAUUUAUGAUUUCUACCCUUCAAUUCGAUCGUCAUCAUGUUGAUCAUCCAGUGUGUCGUGCUUCAUUUUGGUCUAUCUUUCUAGAUUGGUGUGUCAUGAAUGGUGUGAAGAAGGUAUGAUAACGUUGAGGACUAAUGAAAUGAAGCUAGAAUAUAUGCGGAAGAGAAUUUCA